UCUACAGAUCAUGAAAUGUAUGAAGCAUCCCACAAAUACAGCAGGGAAGUACUGUGUGGACUGUGACGUUCCCUUGUGUGUGAUAUGUGCCAUAUCUAAAGAACACGGCUGGCAUGACAUCAUAGAAAAUCAGAGUAUAAAAGAUGCUGAUGAGGAAGAGAAGACAGGAAGUGAUUUCCCUGAUUAUCCCCUCAAGAUUAAAUGUAUUGUACAUCAACAGAAACAGGGGGAGGAACAGAGGACAGUUUCCCUGGACUUUGAAUCAUUCAUACAUAGGAAAUGCAUAGGAACAAAACCGAUUACAAAAGAAAGCGAAAAAAAGAUUAGAAUAGGCAAGGGAACCUCCCUUCAGGCACAGCUAAGAAAAAAUGAAGAAGAUGAAUGGAGAAUCCAAAGACUAAUUAAUUCUCUGAAUAUUGAAACUAAUCAUCAUCAGGCAUAUCAAGGAGAUCAGAUGGAAAGUACUGAAUAUGAGGACAUCAUUCAGAGAGUUGAUUACCUUGACUGUUCAGGUCUUCAUUUUAGUAAUGCUGAAAAGCAAUGUGAAAGUUUUGAGCCAUUCUUGCAAUUCCAUUUUCAUGUUUAUGAUUUUUUGUGCUGGAUGGAGGACUGUGAUGAAGUCUUCCGAAAAACACAGUCUGCAAAAUGUCGAUCCAUUUUAUCCAUUUUAUUUGCUGCAUAUACAAAAGAAGCAAUGAUAGAAUUCAAACUAAAAGACAUUUCUUCAAUUAUUGAUCGCUGUAUGGAUUUUGCAAUUGAAAACCAAAACCACAUAUUAGUUUUAGAGCUUGUGAAGCCAUACAUAUUCAACCUCGAUUUUCAUUUGCAAAAACAGUUUAAAGGUAAGAGAAAAAAUUCUGUUGUUAUAGACACACUUUUGCAAACAGCAAAAUACAUGAUUUUGAAAGAGUGUCCAAGACUUCAUCAAAACGCAAUCAAUUUAUCGUUUUGUUGCGAAUGCAGCCAGGAAAAUAGGCUUGUGAUCAUACUUUCAUACAAAGGUAGCAUAGAAAUGAAAGACGGAGUUCCGAAAAAAGCCAUGGGAGUUAAUCUCGUACUGUAUAACUAUACACAACCAUCUGAUGAAGCAUCUACUGUCUUUAACUCCUUUGUGGCUUCUUGUUCAGCGAUUAACUUGCCAGAAGUUACAGAAAAAGAUGUAAAAAAGCUUUUUAAAGAGCAUUCCAACCUCACUCUGAUAUCGGCAUCCCCAUUUAAAUCAACAGGAUAUUCAAAGGGAAAACAUAGGGUUGUCGAAAAACCGUGCAUUAGUCUGUUAUGUUUACAUAAAGGAUAUAUUCCUUUUGGAGAAAGAGAGUUUCCAAAACAAAUCAAUGGAUAUCAAGUAGAUGUGCAAGAAGGAUACUGUUUUCUGGGAAGUGGCAGAUCUAUAGAUUUUGGAGGACAUAUUCGUCGUGCCAAAGGAAUAAAUACUCCUGGAAAUGGAAGCAUUGGAGGUUUUGUUGAUCUGUCAAAUGAUACAGUUGGUUUAAUAACAUGUGCUCAUGUUGUGUUUUCAACAGAUGAAUUGAAAAUGCCAAAUAAUGAAAUACAGAACUAUGUACUUGGCAAUGGUAUCGAUUUAAAUGUAGAAGUUUUUGAUAAAAAUCAGCAUAAUUUUCAAGUGUGUGGCACCAUUGUGGAUAAAUGUUUUCCAUUAUCGUCUUAUAACGACUCAGUUGAUGCUGCUUUGAUAAAACUUGACCCAUCUGUGAAUGAAUUUGGAUUUCCUAUAACCCUUGCUCAUCAACUAUAUUCAGCAGGAUUCGACCCAAAUAAGCCACCCAUGUUUACUGGGGAGGUUGUUAAUGUGCCAGAUCCUAUGGAAAUCAACAAAAUUCCUGGAAAAUUAGACAGUGUCGUAAAAUACGGAAGUAAAACAGGAUUCACGAUUGGAAAUCUCUAUUUUAAUGGAUCGCAUAUCCGCUUUGUGGAUGACAUUGGAGAAUUGCCGGAUAAAACACCUGUUUGUAUGUGCAACCAAAUUGAAAUUCAAAGCCUACCUCACGGAACAUUUUUUGAACCUGGUGAUUCUGGAGCCUUCGUCUUUUGUAUCAACCCAGAUAAGACACUUAGCUGUAUCGGGAUGGCUAUAGGUUCGACGUCUAAAGGGUCCUGUUUAGUAACACCAAUGGUUAGAAUUUUAGAUUCAUUUGGUCUCCCUCACAAUUUAAAGCCAUGUUCUCCAUUUGUCUCUGGAAACAACCCUAGAGCAUCGGAAAAUCCUUUAAAUUUAGCACAGGAAAGAAAUGCUUCAUCCGAAGUUGAUUUAGAAAAAAUUCUGUUGGAAUUGCAAUUGUCAAUAAUGAGUAUGCAAACAUCAAUAACAGAUGUUCAAAAUCAACAAAGGGGCAUCCAGUCUUCCUUACACAAUGUGCAAACAGGCGUUAGAAAUUUGAACGAUAAAUUUCAAAGAGAAAUUCGAAUUUUGAGAACACAAUUUCAAACAGAAACUGAAAAUUUGAGAACAGAAGUAGGAAAUUUUAGAAAUCAAGUUCAAGCAGAAGUAAGAAAUUUGAGAGGUCAAGUUCAAGCAGAAGUUGGGUAUUUGAAAGCUGAAGUACAAGAAAUUAAACAUGAAUAUUAGUACAUGUCACCUGGAAGCUCGUCUGAUAUCAAAGAGAAUUGCAAAUUGUUUUGUUUUGGUGAACUUUCUUUCCUGAACCUUAUUCGGAGUUUAUAUAGUGUACGUUAACAGAUGUUAUCUUUCUCAAUUAUGUCUAUUACGGAUAUCUCAAAGUAAUAAAUAACCCUAUAGUUCAA